AUGGAAUUUGGGAAUGUGCAGUUGCUUAGACUUGCUUUGAAGGAACAUUUUAUACACACAGAUAGAGAGUACAUGUUCACAGCUAAUGAUGCACAAAAACUAAGAGCUAAAUGUAAAGUUGCUGGUUGUCCUUGGGUGGUUCAUGCUUAUGUGAAGGAAAAUGGUAUAACUUUCAGAGUUAAUACCUUUUUGGACACACACAGAUGUGGAAUUGUACUGAAUAAUAGGCACAUUGAUGCACAAUGGCUUGCAAAGCACUUUAUUGACCAAUUUAGAUUGCAUCCCAACAUGGAUUACUCUGCUUUUAAGGAGAUGACUCAUAACACAAACUACUCCAUGGUUUCAGCUUCUCAGUUCUACAGAGCUUGCAGCACUGCUAAAGAAGAGCUUGAGGUUUCAGUGGUACAACAAUUUGCAAUACUGGAAGAUUACUGCAAACAGAUUUUAAAUACCAAACCUGGAAGCACAGCUAAGAUACAAACUGAGUUAAGGGAUGAGAAAAGGAUAUUUAAGAGGGUCUACAUAUGUCUAAAGACCUACAAGGAUAGCUUCUUACAAGGGUACUGCAAAGGAAUACUAUUGGGUGCAAUUGGGAUAGCUGAGACCAAUUCAAUCUUCCCAAUAGCAUAUGCAAUAGUUAAGAAGGAGACUACUAUGAUUAGUGACAAACAAAAUGGUCUACAAAAUGCAGUGGAGGCUCUUUUCCAAGGAUUAGAUAGUCGAUUUUGUGUCAGACACAUGCAUGGUAAUUUCAAAAAGGACUUCUCUGGCCAUCUCCUUAAACAAUUUCUUUGGGCAGUAGCAAGGGCAACCACACCUGCUAAAUUUGAUCAGAAAAUGAAAGACUUAAAAGAUGUCAAUGAAGGGGCUUACAACUGGCUGGCUGCUAAAGAGCCUUCUGAGGGGAGUAGGGCUUGUUUUAAAGGAGUGAAAUGUGACAUGUUGCUAAUAAUGUUUGUGAAAGCUUCAACCACACAAUCAUAG